AUGGACGAAGUUCUCUACAACAUAGCAGAGAAAGUAAAAAACUUUGCAGUAAUUUAUUUAGUAGACAUCACCGAGGUCCCAGACUUCAACAAAAUGUACGAAUUGUACGACCCGUGUACAGUAAUGUUCUUUUUCCGCAACAAGCAUAUCAUGAUUGAUCUGGGAACUGGUAACAACAACAAAAUAAACUGGACCUUGGAGGACAAGCAAGAGAUGAUUGAUAUAAUUGAAACUGUUUAUAGAGGAGCGAGGAAAGGUCGCGGUUUAGUUGUAUCACCUAAAGAUUAUUCUACAAAAUAUCGCUAUUAA